CUGCGCGGACCCCGGGGUUUGUUUACGUCCGGGCGGGCGCCCCAGGGCCACCCGCAGACCCCGCAGUCGCCCUACUCUUUUGUGUGCCUACACAAGCGGCGCGGACCGGCCCCACCGCGGCCGGGGACCCAGUAGGGGCGCUUUGGGGAAACUUGUGGGGGGCGGCAGACUCCCCGCGCGCGGGGUCCGGGGGUCGCGGCGCCCGGUGGGCGCGGGUGCCGGAGGAGAGCUGCAACUUUCCCCAAGCGCAGGCCCGGCUCUGCACCCGGGCGCGCGGUCUAUCCGGGCCGGGUCCGCUUGCUCCCUGCCGCCUAUCCAGGCGGCGGGUGUCCCGCUGCCGAGGGCUCCCGCGGCCCCCAGCGACUCGCCCGCUCCUCUCUGGCCGCCUUCUCCGAGGCCCUACCCUCCCAGCAGGGGCCGCGGGCGCAAUGGAGCGCUCGGCGGGUCCGCUCCGAAAUGUCUACUCGGGUCGGGUUCUCGAAAGCAAAGCCCUGGGGACCCCGUGGGACUGUGGCGUGCCGGGCCGUGGUCCGCGCGCCGAGCCCCGGAUACCGAAGGGGGAUCGCGCUGGAGGUCCCUAUCUGGCGCCCGAGCAGCCGCGGUACCCGGGGGGCGAGUUCCUGCCUGCCACCCCCCACCCAGAGGAGCGGCGGGCCCUAGGGGUCCGCCGGGGACCUGCCAGCUCCGCGCUCGCGGCUCCUGGACAGCCCCGGGACUCUACCAGGUGGAUGUUGUGCAUAGCCGGAGCCAAGUUGAAGAGGGAACUCGAUGCCACCGCAACAGUAUUGGCGAACCGGCAAGAUGAAAGCGAGCAGUCUAGAAAGCGGCUCAUCGAGCAGAGCCGGGAGUUCAAGAAGAACACUCCAGAGGAUUUGCGCAAGCAGGUAGCGCCUCUGCUGAAGAGUUUCCAAGGGGAGAUUGAUGCACUGAGUAAAAGAAGCAAAGAAGCUGAGGCAGCCUUCUUGAAUGUCUACAAAAGGUUGAUCGAUGUCCCAGAUCCCGUCCCGGCUCUGGACCUCGGGCAGCAGCUCCAGCUCAAAGUGCAGCGCCUGCAUGACAUUGAAACAGAGAACCAGAAACUUAGGGAAACUCUCGAAGAAUACAACAAGGAAUUUGCUGAAGUGAAAAAUCAAGAGGUUACGAUAAAAGCACUUAAAGAGAAAAUCCGAGAAUACGAACAGACUCUGAAGAACCAAGCCGAGACCAUAGCUCUCGAAAAGGAACAAAAGUUACAAAAUGAUUUUGCAGAAAAGGAGAGAAAGCUGCAGGAGACCCAGAUGUCUACCACCUCAAAGCUGGAAGAGGCGGAACAUAAAGUUCAGACUCUGCAAACAGCCCUGGAAAAAACUCGAACAGAAUUAUUUGACCUGAAAACCAAAUACGAUGAAGAAAUUACUGCCAAGGCCGACGAAAUUGAAAUGAUCAUGACGGACCUUGAAAGAGCAAACCAGAGGGCAGAGGUGGCUCAGAGAGAGGCGGAGACCUUGAGGGAGCAGCUCUCGUCGGCCAACCACUCUCUCCAGCUGGCCUCGCAGAUCCAGAAGGCGCCGGACGUGGAGCAGGCCAUAGAGGUGCUGACCCGCUCCAGCCUGGAAGUUGAGUUGGCCGCCAAGGAGCGGGAGAUCGCCCAGCUGGUGGAGGACGUGCAGAGACUCCAGGCCAGCCUCACCAAGCUGCGUGAGAACUCCGCCAGCCAGAUCUCCCAGCUCGAGCAGCAGCUGAGUGCCAAGAACAGCACCCUCAAACAACUGGAAGAAAAACUCAAAGGACAGGCUGACUAUGAAGAGGUGAAGAAAGAACUAAAUAUUCUGAAGUCCAUGGAGUUUGCACCGUCCGAAGGAGCUGGCACCCAGGACGCACCCAGGCCCCUGGAGGUGCUGCUGCUGGAGAAGAACCGCGCGCUGCAGUCCGAGAACGCCGCGCUGCGCAUCUCCAACAGUGACCUGAGCGGGUCAGCCAGGAGAAAAGGGAAAGACCAGCCUGAGAGUCGGCGUCCUGGACCUUUGCCGGCCUCCCCUCCUUCUCAGUUGCCCCGCAACACGGGGGAGCAGGCUUCCAAUACUAAUGGUACACACCAGUUCUCACCAGCGGGGUUAACGCAAGACUUUUUCAGCUCAUCCCUGGCAAGCCCCAGCCUACCCCUGGCUUCUACGGGAAAAUUUGCACUAAACUCUCUCCUCCAACGACAGCUAAUGCAGUCCUUCUACUCCAAGGCCAUACAGGAAGCAGGAAGCACAAGCAUGAUUUUUUCAACAGGUCCAUACAGCACAAACUCCAUAUCUUCCCAAAGCCCAUUACAACAAAGCCCAGAUGUAAAUGGCAUGGCCCCGUCUCCCAGCCAGUCAGAAAGUGCUGGGAGCGUGUCUGAGGGCGAGGAGAUGGACACUGCAGAGAUCGCCCGGCAGGUGAAAGAGCAGCUCAUCAAGCACAACAUCGGGCAGCGUAUUUUUGGACACUAUGUCUUGGGACUGUCUCAAGGGUCUGUGAGCGAGAUUCUGGCCCGGCCCAAGCCAUGGAAUAAACUGACGGUUCGCGGCAAGGAGCCCUUUCACAAGAUGAAGCAGUUCCUCUCGGACGAGCAGAACAUCCUGGCUCUUCGCAGCAUCCAAGGCAGACAGAGAGAGAAUCCAGGCCAGAGCCUGAACAGACUAUUUCAGGAAGUACCGAAACGAAGAAAUGGGUCUGAAGGUAACAUCACCACCCGGAUCCGAGCCUCAGAGACCGGGUCUGAUGAAGCAAUCAAGUCCAUCCUCGAACAAGCCAAAAGGGAGCUGCAAGUCCAGAAAACUGCAGAGCCGGCCCAGCCCUCCUCCGCGUCCAGCAGCGGGAACUCCGACGACGCCAUCCGCUCCAUCCUGCAGCAGGCCCGCCGCGAGAUGGAGGCCCAGCAGGCUGCCCUCGACCCCGCCUUAAAGCCAGCACCACUGUCCCAGACUGACAUUGCCAUCCUGACCCCCAAGUUAAUGUCCCCCUCACCCAUGUCAUCGGUGUCCAGCUACUCGCCGCUUGCCAUCUCCCUGAAGAAGCCCCCCUCGGCUCCCGAGGCCAGCGUCCCCACUCUGCCCAACCCCCCGGCCCUGAAGAAGGAAUCCCAGGACGCGCCGGGGCCGGACCUGCAGGGGGCGGCCGACGCCGCGCAGGGGGUCCUGCGGCACGUGAAGAGCGAGCUGGGCCGCAGCGGUGUGUGGAAGGACCACUGGUGGAGCGCCGUCCAGCCCGAGAGGAAGAGCAGCGCUCCUCCCGAAGACGCCAAGGCUGAGGAAGCCGGCGGCGGGAAAGACAAAGGCGGGGGCAGCCAGCCGCGGGCCGAGCGCAGCCAGCUCCAGGGCCCCUCCUCGUCCGAGUACUGGAAGGACUGGCCCAGCGCCGAGUCGCCGUACUCCCAGAGCUCGGAGCUGAGCCUGACCGGGGCCAGCCGCAGCGAGACACCCCAGAACAGCCCUCUGCCCUCCUCCCCGAUCGUGCCCCUGUCGAAGCCCACCAAGCCUUCGGUCCCCCCGCUGACCCCCGAGCAAUACGAGAUCUACAUGUACCAGGAGGUGGAUACCAUCGAGCUCACCCGGCAGGUGAAAGAGAAGCUGGCCAAGAACGGCAUUUGUCAAAGGAUCUUUGGGGAGAAGGUGCUGGGCCUGUCCCAGGGCAGUGUCAGCGACAUGCUGUCCCGGCCGAAGCCAUGGAGCAAGCUGACCCAGAAAGGCCGCGAGCCCUUCAUCCGGAUGCAGCUCUGGCUGAACGGCGAGCUGGGCCAGGGCGUCCUGCCUGUGCAAGGGCAGCAGCCAGGGCCAGUCCUCCACUCGGUGACGUCGCUACAGGACCCCCUGCAGCAGGGCUGUGUGAGCUCAGAAAGCACUCCGAAGACCUCUGCCAGCUGCAGCCCUGCGCCCGAAUCACCGAUGAGCUCUAGCGAAUCAGUGAAGAGUUUGACUGAACUGGUCCAGCAGCCCUGUCCCCCCAUUGAAACAAGUAAGGAUGGCAAACCGCCCGAACCCAGCGACCAGCCCGCUUUAGACUCUCAGCCCACCACCCCACUGCCUCUCUCCGGACACUCAGCGCUCAGCAUUCAAGAGCUGGUGGCCAUGUCUCCAGAGCUGGACACCUACGGCAUAACCAAGAGGGUCAAGGAGGUGCUGACCGACAACAACCUCGGUCAGCGUUUAUUCGGGGAGACCAUCCUAGGGCUCACCCAAGGCUCCGUCUCCGACCUCCUUGCUCGCCCAAAGCCCUGGCACAAGCUCAGUCUGAAGGGACGGGAGCCCUUUGUCCGGAUGCAGCUGUGGCUGAAUGACCCCAACAAUGUGGAGAAGCUGAUGGACAUGAAACGGAUGGAAAAGAAAGCCUACAUGAAGCGGCGGCACAGCUCGGUCAGCGACAGCCAGCCCUGCGAGCCCCCCUCCGUUGGCAUCGACUACAGCCAGGGCGCCAGCCCCCAGCCCCAGCACCAGCUGAAGAAACCGCGGGUGGUGCUGGCUCCUGAAGAGAAAGAAGCUCUGAAACGAGCAUAUCAGCAAAAGCCAUACCCGUCACCAAAAACCAUCGAGGAACUCGCCACCCAGCUCAACUUGAAAACCAGCACUGUCAUCAACUGGUUCCACAACUACAGGUCUCGGAUCCGCAGAGAACUGUUUAUUGAGGAGAUUCAGGCCGGGAGCCAGGGCCAGGCCGGGGCCAGCGACUCGCCGUCGGCCCGGAGCGGCCGGGCCGCGCCCAGCUCGGAGGGCGACAGCUGCGACGGCGUGGAGGCCGCCGAGGGCCCGGGCGCCGCGGACGCCGAGGAGUUGGGCGGCCCCGCGGCCGCCGCCAAGUCUCAGGGAAGGCCGGCCGAGGCGGCCGCGGCCCCGGAGGAGCGGGAAGAGGCGCCGCGGCCGGCGGAGAAGGCGCAGCCGCCGCCCUCGGGGACUCCGGCCCCGGACGACGCCGACGACGAGGGCCGGCCCCGGGCACCACCACCACCGCCGCCGCCGCCGCCGCCGCCGCCGCCGCCCGAGGGCCCUGCGGACGGCCCGGGGCCCGUGCCAAACCCCGCCGCCGCGCCCGCGGCCGGGGAGGACGCCGCUACCUCAGCCGCCCCGCCGGGGGAGGGCCCCUGCCGGGCCCGGGACGGCGCCGACAGGAGUUCCGCUUUGCCAAGCACCAGCGCGCCGGCGGCCGCCCGCAGGGCCAGCUCGCUGCAGAGCCUCUUCGGCCUCCCGGAGGCGGCGGGCGCCAGGGACUCGCGAGACAACCCCUUGAGGAAGAAGAAGGCCGCGAACUUGAACAGCAUAAUCCACCGCCUGGAGAAGGCCGCCAGCCGGGAGGAGCCCAUCGAAUGGGAGUUCUGAGGGGGCGCCGCCCGCCCGUCUGUCCCGCCGGGCUGGGCCGAGCCGAGCGGGGCCGAGCCUGACCGGGCCGGGCCGAGUCUGGCCGAGCUGGGCGGAGCCGGGCCGAGCUGGGCCGAAGCGGGCCGGGUAGGGGCGGGCGCCGACUCCGCGGCCUGGACCGUGUUGCGCACUUACCGCCCUGCGGGCCACAGGGCAAAAUCGCCAUAGGCCAAGGUGCAUAUAGAAAACAAAGGAGCAUUAAGCCCAAUCUAUGUCGUGUUUUCAAGGAAGAAAACGGAAAUGUGUAGUCGAGCUUUUUUGUACCCUGAAGUGUUUUUUUUAUUGCCCUAAGUGAUUUCCACAGGUUCUGGAAUAACUCUUACAGCUUUGCCUUGUGCCCUCCUCUUUCGUGUGGGCUUUAAAAAAAAAAAUCAAACCCACAUAUUAAAAGGGGGCUUUUUAUCUGCCAUCUAAUGGCUUCAGAGCGAUAAUACACUAUUAUCUUCUUAAACCAGGAAAAAAGGGGUGGGGGGGGAUUUUUCAGAAAAAUUUAAAAAGAAAGUUUUUGUAGCUGUUCAGUUGCCACUAAGAGAUUGCACAGUCAAACCGACUCUAAACACACUAGUUUGGAUUCCUAAAUAUUUUCAAGUAAAGAAUCUUCUCCUUUGAAACUUUGAAUUAAAAUAAAAACACAUUUACUCCACAUAUUUUUUAACAAAAAGAAAAGUCACAUCAGGAAAAUAUCUGAUUUUGUGGUAGCUGACGUAGUGUUUUCUUGUACGUGAAUAGAAUCCUGACAUGUAGUGCACAUUGAUCCAUAGCUUUAACUGACUCUGGGCUUUUGCUGACCAGGGUUUGUUUAAUACACUCCAUUCUAGGCCAAAUCAGGACAAAAAGAAAAGAUCCGAAUCUAGGUAUUUUAUAAUCUGCUUUUUAACCUCUAACCGCAGAGCACGCUGAUCAGACCUCAUAUCUCGGAGGUGUAGGAGACAAGUUAGAACUGUAGCAUGUACCCGUUCAUUUUGUUUAAUUUAUGGUGUCGACGUCUGUGUUAGUGCGUCUGCACACGUGCGAGCGUCUCAAGAAAGGAGGAAAGAGUUAGGCCGCGAAGGUCGCCGCAGGCAGUUCUGGGGCCAGACGGGCCCGCCAUCUCGUAGGCAGCAGUCUUUCCUUGACACAGAAGGCACCACACCUCACACCACUCUCCAGGGCGCCUGAUGGACUGAGCCCCACCAGGGGACGCUGCUCCCUGGGCCUGGGUAGGGCGCGCUCGAGCGCUCGCUCUCUCGCUCUCUCUCCCUCCUUCCUUCCCUCCCUCUCUCUUCCCACCUCAAGCACUGAUGACUGUUGACGUCGUGGGAAGCCUCCUUCCUUCCCUGCAGAAGAGAGAACGUGGCAGUCUGGGCUCGGCUCCCAACCCCGUAGAGAUGACCCAAACUCACACCAAAACGUUGAUGCUCUUCACUUCCACACCAGAUCAUUGGCCCUCCAUUCACUUUGCCUCUUGGAACGUUCUUUUAUGCACAGUUUAGGGCAGUCUAAGUACAAAUCAAAAGUCUAACUUGUCUCUGAUUCCUCCUGUCGCCUAUGUGUAUAUGCGUGAGAACAGAGGUGGAUGAGAGUGUGCAUGUGUGCGUGUGUGCAAUUUUAUACGUCUGUGUAUUUUCUUAAGUACCUGUGCACACAUAGAGUGCAUUACUGCCACCUUUUUUCAAUAAGCUGUUUUAUCAGUUAUGGCUUCUACAAGUUUGCUAAUUUAGACUCCUUUAUUGCCAUAUCUUUAAACUAACAAUAGAUGAUUUCGGUAUAUAUAUAUAUUUUUUUUUGCUUAUUUAUAGGUGCUGUAUUUUAUUAUCUGAUUGUUAGGAAGGGAUGAAAGGGGCAAAUAUUCUUUAGAGGGAUAGACUGCCGGCAGUAUUGGGUAUAAUUUACAAGAUGUAGUUGUCAUACUGUAUAUUACUGAUUGAAAACUUUUUGACCGUAUCGUGUAUCAUUGAAACCUUUGUCUUAGGUCAACAUCUUUGGAUGACAUUUUAAUGGUGCAUUCAUUGUUU